AUGCACUUCAACCUCAUUCACUUGGACGCCAAAAAGAAGGACAAAAUGUCCCAAAAGGUCAAAUCCAAGGUGGGGAGUACCGCAAAGUCCGCUUUGGCCAAGACCAAGGAGAAGUUGGCGGAGAGCAAGGUCAAGAAGGAGGCCAAGAAGGCUGAGAAAGAGGAGGGGAAGAAGACAAGGAUCGAUUCCGUAGUGGAUUGA